CGCGCUGUGUACUUGAUGAUGGAUGAAACUCAACGGCAGAUUAAAUAACAAUUUCUAAAACAGAAGCUCUAUCGACAGGUUCAUGCACUUUCCUGCUUUGAUAAAACUGACCAGACAGCACUUCUUCCUCUUCCAAUCUUGAAUAAUAACAAUGUUUAAGGGAGAUUCCCCUUUGCACUUAAAACCACUAUCUGUAUAUUCACAUUUGGUGUGCUCUAAGCAGCAGAACAAUGGCAACAGCCCUGUUUACAACAUACAAGUACACAUUUCAAAUAAUGAAUCCAGAGCACAGAAGAGACGCCUUGAUUCAAGUCUCGAUGAGGUCUGUGAGACCCCCCUAAAAAGGCAACGCAUCACUAGAACAUGCUCCCAAGAUCUUGGAUAUCAUUCCUUGGACUUCCAGUCCGGGUCGCAGGGAUCCACACCUCUGCAGCCACUGUUAAUCAGAAAGGACAUCACACCCCCUCGGUCAAAGGUCGAUCAAUCUGUGACCCCUGUAAUGUCCACCCCUCUGUCCAAAUGCAAACAAAUCCAUACAGAUAGAGACCGGGAGAGUCUUCCCUCCCCGAUACCAGUUCUGAAAUGGGACAGAGAGGUUUUGUCUGCGGAGAUAAAACUGUGUGCGUUCCUGAACUUCGAAGCCUGCAGUUCUGCUCCUUUUGUUGGCUCUCAGGGAACUGGCAAGGGUGAUUUCAGUGAGGUAUUCAGUGAGGUUCACGAAUCAAAGUCUCAAAGCACAGCCCCAGAAUCAGUUGUUCCAUUGAAAGAGGAAGAAGAGCUGUUGUCGGUCAGUCAGCAGGCAAAUCCAGAGGCAUCAUCGGACCGAGGCCGAAAUGAAGAAAGUGCCUCAGAUACGUUUGAAAGCACGCUGCCCCUUCAGGUCCAGGUGAAAUCUAAAGUGGUGGUUCCGGGCAGCACGAAGACCAUCUGCAAACCAGUGGUGUUGUCUAGUGAAGACGAGUGGGAGAGAAACAAGAGAACAUAUGUGGACUCGGUGAAGAGACACAUGAAAGAGCAGAACGGAGCAGCAAACGGUGCGAUCACUGAGCUUCAUUCUUUGAUGAACACUAUUGCUAAUCGGAGAACUGGAAGGAACGACCCACACUGGCAACACCCUUCAGAUCUCACUCGCAGGAAUUUCCGUAAGUCGCGUCUCAAAGGUCCAUCGGUCUCCCUCGACGAGUGGCAGAAAAGAAACCUCCUUGUCUAUCGACGCUUUGUUAAUGUGCCAGACAUUUUCCGCAGAAGCCCAGUGCUGUGAUUUAUUUAUUUGUUUUUAUUGAUAUAUAUAUAUAUUUGUUGUCAAUUCAUAUAUUUGCUCUUUGUCAUUGUUAUAAAGGUGAGAAUCAUUGGUUCAUGCUGCUGGUUGAAGUGAUAAGUGCUCACUGAAAGUCUGAUCUGCUUUUGUGUGUUUAUUUGUGAUUUCACAGUGUGUAGUGUAUGUUUUUACUGCAUCAUUUCACAGUGUGUGGUGUGUGUGUUUCAUCUGGUGUUGGGCUAAUUAUCUAUCUAUAGAUAUACGUGUGUGUCUGUGUGAAUUUGCAUGAUCUGUAUUCUCAGUUGUUUAAACCUUUACCUCAACCAGCGCUUAUUCACCUCACUAUUUACAGCUAAUAUAGUUUUAGUUUCAAUAGCUAGACAAAUUUGUCUAAUUUACUAAAGCUAAAGUUUGCUAAGCUAAAGCUGAAUGUUAGAUUCGUUCCCUUUCCCCUCCUUGUACAGUACUUUCAAUUAUGGUUGUACAUAAUUCAUUUUGCUUUGUCUGAGGAAAACUUUUCUUUAGCUUUUCUGUGAAGAAUUGCUAUUCCAUUUUUUAGCAUUAAAUGCAUAUAAAUGGGCACAUAGAUAACAGAUUUUAUAUUUUGUAAGCAGGAAAAUGUCCUUAGAGAAACAAUGUUCGACUGAAUGUUGUGAUCUUUUGAUUGGUUUUGUUCUUUUGUUACAUUGCUUACAGUUUUAUAACCUUUAUACAUUUAAAUAAUAAAAAAUAAUUACUUUA